ACAGAGGUGAGGUGGUCGCUCAAUUUCAUCGACACUAUCACUCACCCCAAGGCUCAGGCUGUGAGAGAGUACACGCCGCUCUCGCUCAUUUCCCCCCCAAUUCCCAAUCUCCGGCCACCAGUUCCCGUUUCCUCCGAAGAUGAAUUCGAUGCUCAGAUCCGCCAGAACCCUGGCCACCACGGCCUCCCGAUCUUCCGUCCUCCGCCGCGGCUACUCUUCGGAGUCCGUUCCCGACCGCAAGGUCGCCAUCCUCGGCGCAGCUGGAGGUAUCGGCCAGCCGCUCUCCCUGCUCAUGAAGCUCAACCCUCUCGUCUCCAACCUCGCCCUUUACGAUAUCGCCAAUACCCCCGGUGUCGCCGCAGAUGUCAGCCACAUCAACACCAGAUCUGAGGUUACAGGAUACUUCGGUGAUGACCAACUAGGGAAAGCCUUGGAGGGAGCAGAUGUUGUGAUCAUUCCAGCAGGGGUGCCAAGGAAGCCUGGAAUGACACGUGACGAUCUGUUUAACAUUAACGCUGGGAUUGUGAAGGGUCUUUGUUUAGCAAUUGCUAAGUACUGCCCACAUGCCCUCGUAAAUAUGAUCAGCAACCCAGUGAACUCAACAGUUCCAAUCGCUGCUGAGGUUUUCAAGAAAGCAGGAACCUAUGACGAGAAAAGGUUGUUUGGGGUUACUACUCUUGAUGUGGUCAGGGCCAAGACUUUCUAUGCUGGGAAGGCCAAAGUCCCUGUUGCAGGGGUUAACGUUCCAGUUGUUGGUGGACAUGCCGGUGUUACCAUUCUCCCAUUGUUUUCACAGGCUACCCCAAACGCCAACGUGUCAGAAGAGGAAAUCGUUGCUCUUACCAAGAGAACACAAGAUGGUGGCACGGAAGUUGUGGAAGCUAAGGCUGGAAAAGGUUCCGCUACUUUGUCUAUGGCUUAUGCUGGUGCCCUUUUCGCUGAUGCGUGCUUGAAGGGGCUCAAUGGCGUUCCUGAUGUGGUUGAAUGUACAUUUGUUCAAUCAAAUGUCACGGACCUUCCCUUCUUUGCUUCCAAGGUAAGACUUGGAAAGAACGGUGUUGAUGAAGUCCUUGGAUUGGGACCUUUGUCCGACUUCGAGAAAGAAGGGUUGGAAAAGCUGAAGCCGGAGCUGCUUUCCUCCAUCGAGAAGGGCGUCAACUUUGCCAACAAGUAAAAUGGGAUUAGCUCAAUGCUCGACAGUUUGCACGCAGGCAAGAGAAGUUUGCAGAAUCAAGAUUUUGUGUCCGUCUUUCAGCAUUCGUUGUAGCAGCCAACAGCAUUGGCUCGAGAUCUCUUUUUGUUCAGAAGAGUUGAUGAAACCUUUAAAAGCGAACAGUCUCUGACAAAUAAUCCCAGUUGUGUAGGGAAACAAAUAUUGUUGCUGGCUUUUGUUCUACAUGCCAAAAUUGGAAGUUGAUUCUCCCACAUUCUGUUGGUGGUUUAAACUGGGAAUGGUUCUGCAAACAUGCUCGGACUUGCAUUUGGAGCCCUGAAAAGCCUGUUACUUUGGACUUUGGAGUAUAUUUGGAUAGAGCUAUCAUUUUCUUUUGGGUAGGAAGAGCUAUCAUUUUUAGUAUUCAAUUAUACAAUUAAAACUGUUGGUUGGAAACACAUAUUUGGCUUGGCAUAACUCUACUAGUUGGACUC